GGGGGAAUAUUUCCAGUGAAUCUUCCCCCCCCUCCCCAACCCACCUCCACCAUUGCCUGACUGACUUGAGAGUAGAAGCAGGAUGGAGAUCCUGCUGUCUCUUGCGGACAGUUCGCAUUUUCUGCAUUUUUAACUCUUUCCCCCAGCCUGCCCACUUUUUAUUUCACGGUGCAUGUAUUUAUUUUGAUGUAACAGAAAUUCUACAAAAGAGCACCUUCCUACUUCUCCAUUUUUUUAAAAAAAAACCCAAUUUGAUUGUUUUGAGGGAGUGGAGGGGUAAAGGAGGAUUUAUUUUUAGUUUAUGCCCCUCGUCUUACUACUCCCCCCCCCCCCCCCAACUGAGAACCAAAAUAGUCAUCAGGAUGUUGAAGAGAGUCUUGCGGAUUUCCAACCGUUCCUUCUUCGCCUUCAUCUUCUUCUUCUCCCUGUCUUCAUCAUGCUUGUACUUUAUCUAUGUGGCACCUGGAAUAGCAAAUACCUACCUCUUCAUGAUGCAAGCUCAAGGCAAGAUGUUGAGGGACAACGUGCGAACAAUAGGCAUUUUGAUUCGAGACCGCUACACCAAAAGGAAUAACACUCUUAAUGGCACAGAUUAUCUUGAAGGGUACAAUUCAAGUGAAUACCUUGGUCAGAGUGGAACCUACCUUCCGGAAGAUUUCACAUAUUCUCCUGGUUUGCCCUGUCCAGAGAAACUACCUUCUAUGAAGGGGUUUAUUGAUGUUAACAUGAGUGAAAUCAGCAUGGAAGAAAUCCAGCGUUUAUUUUCACAAGAUUUAGAAAUCCAAUAUGGAGGCCACUGGAAGCCAAAGGAUUGUAAACCCCGCUGGAAGGUGGCAAUUCUUAUUCCAUUCCGCAACAGGCAUGAACAUCUCCCAAUUUUGUUUCGGCAUUUGAUUCCAAUGCUUCAACGACAACAUGUGCAGUUUGGCUUCUAUGUCAUUGAACAGGCUGGUAACUAUCCUUUCAAUCGUGCGAUGCUAUUUAACGUUGGUUUUAUGGAGGCUAUGAAGGAUUUAGAUUGGGACUGUCUCAUUUUCCAUGAUGUUGAUCACAUUCCAGAAAGUGAUCGCAACUACUAUGGAUGUGGGCAGAUGCCACGGCAUUUUGCAUCAAAGCUGGACAAGUACAUGUACCUUCUGCCAUACAAUGAGUUCUUCGGUGGAGUCAGUGGUCUGACAGUGGAGCAGUUCAGGAAAAUCAAUGGUUUUCCCAAUGCCUUCUGGGGAUGGGGUGGAGAGGAUGAUGACCUGUGGCGCAGAGUUUCCUUUGCAGGAUAUAAUGUGACAAGGCCAGAAGGAGACCUGGGAAAAUACAAAUCGAUCCCUCAUCAUCAUCGAGGGGAGGUGCAGUUUCUCGGCAGAUAUAAAUUAUUGAGGUAUUCUAAAGAACGUCAGCCCCUGGAUGGGUUGAAUAACCUAAAGUAUGCUCCAAAUAUAACUCUGCACUUUUUGUACAAAAAUAUAACAGUGAACCUAACACCAGAGUUGGCUCCUGUAAUUGAAGGUUAAAGAGGAUGGGACCAUCUGACAUUUUAAUGGCUUUUCUGGAGCAUUGUGGAUUUCAGAACAUUUUUGUUUAAUGGCAGUUCAGUGAAGGACUUUAAGGGUCUUGAGGAACAGCCAAACUACCGCAGCUGUGGAUGAUUUAAUGACGGCUUGAGUCCUGAAUUUUGAACAGCUGAUUGUACCUGCAUGUCUUAGUAGCGUUUGCUAAUGAAUUCACCCUGCAUUUUGCAAAACAACAUGCCAUCAUUCUGAAAUCAAGAGGUUUACAGCAGGACUACUCUGACUGACUAUUAAGUCCUUGCGUUAUUGUCUUAGCUUUCUCGUCGUGAUCAGCUGUUCUUGUAUAAAGGUGUUAAAGCCAAUAGAAUUUCCAUUUAUAUGUAUUGCAUAACAUUGUAUUUUUAGCUAAAAUGAAGGCUUGAAAUAAUGCUGUGGAUUUGUAAAUAUACUGUAAAAUUGUGCACUUUGCCACUCCUUUUUUAUACCAUUAAACUAAUGCAUUUGUGUGAUGUUCCUUUUAAAAAGGAGAUAUAUAUAUAUAUAUAUAUGUGUGUGUGUGUGUAACUUGGCAUGUAAGAACAAAAUGUAUAUAGUCUUUAAGACGCAUCAUUUAAUUUCCUUACUGAACAAUGGGAAGAUUGCAAUAUAUUGGUUGCUGUUAGCUAAAACCAUACCUUGUUACAGUAGGAUUCUACACUGCCAAGUCACUUCACCUUCUGGUUUUGAUUUGAAAAAUACUUUUUUUGUUCUUAAAGUAAAAUGAGUUUAGCUUUGGAUUAUCUUCUGAUGUGUGGUAUAGUGCUAUCUGAUUCAUUUAUGUGUUUGGGGAAGGAAAGCUUCAAACCAAGAUGUGAGGGUAGUUGGGAAGGAAACAGGAGUGGGGUAGGUAUUUGCUUUUAAAAGAAUUGAAGAUAAGCCACAAGCCUAAACCAAAUUUCCUCUUGUAGGGUUGUGCUGUCUUAGUUGCUGAGGAGAUGGUGCAAAGUUAUUGAUGGUUCUCAUUACAAAACCAACUUUCUUGCCACACUGUUCUGACUGGCUGACCAUCUUUUAUCGUUCCCCUACAUGUUGAGAGAUAUGGUGUUUAUGCACUUGCUGUAUUUGGGAAGUGAAACAUUGUUUUCUAUAAUAUUUUCACGGUGGAGGUGGGUGGGGAGGACCGCAAGCAUUCUAAAAUUAAUACGAGUGUGCUAACAUUAUUUUCUUAAAAAUAACAUGCGGUCAGUGACUGGAUAUAUGUUUAAGAACAAAAUUCCAUGAAUUGCUGAAUACAUGCCAGUACUAUUCAAAUAAUGGAAUGAUUCUGUGCAAAUAGCUUCCUUUCAGAUAAUGUCCCAUUCCUUUAAGCUGGGAUUUGUUGACUCUGUCUAUGAGAACCUGCCUUUUACUUUUGGUUUAACCUGAUGGAAAUUGAUACAACUGAUGGUCUCUACCAUUAAGGGAAGGGCAACAUGCAUUCCCCUUCAAAAUCUUAAAAUAAUCUGUUUUCUCAUUUUGUCUGUUCAAAAUGUAUGGAUUCUUUGAAGACCCCGAGAAACAUUUUUCGUUACUGACCUGUGAAUUAGUGCAGCAGCUCUUCAGCUGUGGAUGAGCCUGGUAUUGUUUGUUUUCAUUGUAUAUUUGCAAUUCUUUUCUAUGUAACUUGUCAAAAUUGUCAUUAAUUCACUCUUUAGAACCUUGCCCUAUGCUUUUUGUUCAGGGUUUAUACUUUUGUCAACUGUGCUUGAAUACACUUAGAGAGUGGAAACCAUGCAAAAUGGUUCCAAAAAUGUCAUAAGUAGUCAAAAAGAGUUGAUUGUUUGAUUGAUUAUAAAAUUCAAUGUUGAUGAAGAAAUGCAGGUGCUUCAUGAGUACUAGAAGAAAAUAAAUCCACAGGGGCUUCAAAAAUGUAAGAGCAAACUUUCUUACUGUAAGGCUGGAUGUUUUACUGUAGACAGUACUAGCUAAGGGCGCAGAACACACAGCUCCUGUCACUAGUGACUAUAUCAUUCAGACUUUGGUUUGUCUGCCAGUUGCUGAUAACUUAAUUCAGUUUAUUUCUAAUCACCUAACCUAAUACUGGAUAGAAAGAAGGCUUAAAUCAUCAAGC